GAAAGAGCUCAAUUGACAUAGUCUUCAGGUAUAAAGACUUACUUUGUCCUCACCUUAACCUCUGCCUUUGUGACUCACAAUUUGGCUUCAAACUUGAACUGCCUCCAACUCCUCGCUUAGCCCACUAGCGUCAACUUAGCGUCAACUUAGCGGCCACGACCCACCUUUCUUUCUACUGAUUUAUCUUUUUUCUCUCCUCUUCAACCCAAAAAUUCUCACCUCAUAACUGGUAGCUUUUCAGAGCACCAACAGUACCACAAUGUCAGUACUCUUACAGGUUGCGAAGCAAUUGGGAGUUAAUCCUAAGUUGCUCCGCUAUGGCUCUCGCACUCCUGGUGCAAUUCCUGAUGUCAUCCUUAUGAAGGUGUCAGACCGGCCAUUGUCAACAUCUGCUAAGCCAGCAAUUUCUUCACAGUCUUCACGACCUUCGCUUUCCUCAAAUACUCCUGGACAACAUCGCGUCGGAACCAAGUCAACUGAGCGAUCAGCUUCACAGGCUUCACAGUUUGAACCUGCAUCCUUCCUCAGCCAUGAUCACAGUCACGUCGAUCUACUCACAAAGAGUAAGGCUCCGACAGACACUAUCAACAGUAGCCAUAAGUCCAAGACUAUGGGCGGCGAGGACUUUCCCUACAAGCAAGUCAACAAAAACCAAAUCCCUGAAAUCUUUGCCUUAUAUCUUCCUGGUGUCGACCCUUUGCCUUACCGGGCUGCCGCUGAAGUUUUUCCAACCCGCGUAAACAAUUACGUACUUGAGAAUCACAUCAAUUGGUAACCACAGUCUCUUUAUCUAUCUGCAAAUCUAAGCUUACACCAGAACAGGGCCAAUGGUGUAGAGGAUCCAUAUUUCAAGCUUGUCAUUCCUUCACCAGGAAUGCUCAGUCCAGCUAUGCUAGAGGAGGUGAUGGCGUUACUGCUUCUGAAGUCUAGUGCAGCAACUAGAAAUGAGAAAGUCCUAGCCUCACAGCGACUUAGAGAUGCUGUUCAAAAAUACCAACAGGAGUAUCUGAAUGCACACCCAGCUGGUCAAGUUGAAAACAAGCCAAAGCUUGAUGGUUGUGAGGUACAGGGGCUCCAGCACAAGUAUAGAGAGACAGCACUUUGGUUUCCCAGCGAGGUUCGUAUUACUACUAACUUCUCCCAAAUACAGCAUUUGCUAACUUUAUUGGUCUCUAAUAGGCGCAAACUUGCCAUGCAUGGUGUACUUAUUGUUUUAGAUGGCAACAGUUUACUGAUGUCGGUGGACCUAGCAAGCAAUUCAAGUCUGCCAGUUGGCUAAAUCUGUUGGACUACAUUUCAAAACACAAGCAAAUCACCGAUCUACUAUUCACUGGAGGGGAUCCAAUGGUCAUGACAGCUAAGACCUUUAGAAAUUAUCUUGGUCCUUUGCUUCACAACCCCCACACUGCACACCUUGAUACAAUUCGAAUUGGGACCAAGUCGCUAGCUUACUGGCCACGAAAAUUCACAACUGACAAGGACGCAAAGGCGACAUUACAAAUGUUCCGUGAUGUUGUCAACUCUGGAAAGAAUCUUUCGAUCCAGGCCCAUUUCACACAUCCCCGUGAGCUUGACACACCAGAGGUACAAGAGGCUAUCAAAGCUAUCAAGGAGACUGGUGCCGUAAUCCGCUGCCAGAGCCCAAUUGUACGAGGUAUUAAUGACAGCGCAGAUAUCUGGACGGAGAUGUGGAAGAAGGAGGUCAAGCUUGGUAUGAUCCCAUACUACAUGUAAGUACAGCACUUCCUCGCAUUCCUAUGAGUGCUCUCUAAUUUUACCUUUUGCAGGUUUGUUGAACGCGAUACUGGCGCAAAGGAGUUUUUUGAGCUUCCAUUGGCAAAGGUUUUCAAGAUUUAUAAUGAAACUCGAUCUUGCGUCUCUGGUCUAGCACGUGGUGCACAGGGUCCCUCAAUGUCCGCCAAGCCAGGAAAGGUUCAGAUUCUUGAUAUUGUUGAGCAUAAGGACGGCCGCAAAUCAUUCUUGUGCACAUUCAUCCAGGCACGCCACCCAGCAUGGGUUGGCAGAACCUUCCACGCUGAGUAUUCUGAGACUGCCACCUGGCUUGAUGGUGAUAAUGGUCUAUACGCCUUUGAUGACGAUAAGUUCUUCUGGGAGGAUGAGUACGCUGCUUUGGUAAAGACUCAAGAAGGCUCUAGUGGCCAGUGGAACGUUACCAACGAUCGCUGGAACAAACUUGAGAAGAAGAAAGCUGAGAAUUAGUCGUAUGGAUUCCGUUUCAUAGGGACUUCUUCAAGUAGGACUUUUGCUUGUACAAAUGGGUGGUGUUUUGCUUGCAUUUCUACUACCAAUGGUUUGGAAUUGGCGAUUGCGUCUUACUGGAGUUACAGCUUUCUUUGCGGGGAUGUCACGCUUGGAACUCCUUCGAAAGACUUGUUUCAAUUUGAUGGGCUGUCGCCUUUGUAACUGGAACUUUCUCACAGUGCGGCGUUGUUAUUCAAAGUCUUUCCUCUAUUCAAAGGUGCUUACACUAGUCAGUUUG